AUGCGUGGACGGGACAUCCCGUACACAGCAGUGAGUACCCGGAGUGGUAUGCUCUGGGGGUGGCUAGUGAUACCACAGGGGCUAAGUAACGCCCCUGCAACGGUCAACAGAUGUGAUACGAAUCUGUUUCGACUGGUGCGUGACUUCGCACCGAGUUACUUUGACGAUGUAUUCGUCCAUAGCCGGGCUAUGAAUGGAAAGACGGACGUGGAGAUUCACAAUUUCCACUUCCAGAAGGUCCUUACACUUAAGCGAGAGCGUAAGUUGUUCGCGAACCUCAAGAAGUGUAUAUUCGCAGCGAAAGAAAUGCUACUUCUUGGCUGCAUCGUGGGUAAAAACGGCGUACGCCCUGAUCCGGAAAAGAUCGAGGUGAUUAGCGACUGGCCUGUGCCAGUUGACGUCAAGUGA